AUAGUACUCAAUAUAUAUAAAUAAUCGGUCUCCUUAGCACCGGUAUAGAGUCAGUCAGCACUUUCAAUAUUCACAACACACACUAAAAUACAUACUCUGUGCUACUUUAGAGAGAGAGAGAGGAGAGGAGAGAGAAACAAAGUUUUGAUCGCUGUUGUUUGACGGCCGAAACCCUAAUUUAUCCUCCGAUCACCCCUUCAACAUACAUUAUUUUUCUUUCAAUUAAUCCGUCUAAUUCCACCAGUAUUUAUCGGUGUUUUCACCGAAGACACAUUUAGGUUUUCACAUAAAGAAAAAAAAAAAUUCAAUUGCUCAGGUUUUUGUUUUCUGUAUAGAUUUUUGGUUCUUACCCUAGGAUGGUGACGGACAACUCUGCAAUCACUACCGCAGACGUCGCCUCCAACGGCGGAGGGGUUAACAGUCCUCAGUCGCUCCGCCGGAGCCUCCCUGCUCCGUGGGCCUCCGUCGUUCGCGGAGAUACCGAGCAAACCUCCUCUCCUACCGCCGCCGCCGCCGCCGCUUCCGCUUCCCCUACCGUCGCUCCUGGGUCUUCUUCGUCUCCGCCGGCGGAACAGGUUUCUGCUCCAAAUGAAAGUUCGGGCUUGGAAGCCCAGCCCGAGAGCUCUGAUGUUAACGGCAGUAGUAAUGCUGGUCCACCGAGGAGGCCUGCUUGGAACAGGCCAGUAAACGGCGUUGUUGAGCCUGUUUCCGUUAUGGGUGGGGAUGUUUCCUGGCCAGCUCUCUCUGAAACCGCCCGAGCCGGUCCGAGAUCGUCAUCGGAUACACCCAGACCCGUUUCAGAUGGAUUAGUGUCUUCAUCGCAGGCUCCUAUAAUAUCUCAACCUCCUCAGAGACCUGCUAAUAACAAUGUCCAUGCUAAUCAUGCUGGAAGCAAUCCAAGGCCAAGGUCAAGGAAUCGCAACGGAGGUGGUGGUGGUGGUGGUGGUGGAGGUAGCAACUCAGUAAGUGGACCGUCUCAGAAUUCCUUCAAUCAGCCGCCAUCUCUUCCAAUGCCGCCACCAUAUCCUGUUUUCGAAGCACCUUACGGUAUGGUUCCACCUGUGUUGGAUACUUCCCUGAGAGGGGCAAGACCUGUCGGUGGAGUUGGUGGUUCUCAGUCGCACACUGGUAAUGACCAUUCUUCUCCGAGGAAUAAUUCGAGGAGGAAUAAUUACGGGCCCCGCCCUCGUGGAGAUGGGCCCUACCACAACAACCAUGGAGGAGGCAGACGCGAUCAAGAUCGUAGAGAUGUUCAUCAUCCCCCUCCGUUUAUGACCCCUCUCCCCGGAGGGUACAUGCCACCUCCACUGCCACCUGGCGCCGGCCCCUUUAUGGCACCCCCACCUAUGAGACUUUUCCCUGCACCAAUGGGGUUUGUUUCAGAUAUGGUGUCUCCUUAUAUGUAUGUUCCAGCGAUGUCUCCUGAGCCUUUUAGGAUGCCAAUUGGUCCUCCACUGCCACCUAUGUUCUUACCUCCUGCUAAUGAAGAAGAACCUUUAGAAAGUAAAAUUGUUAGACAAAUAGACUUCUAUUUCAGCGAUGCAAAUUUGGUGAAGGAUAACUUUUUGAGGUCAAAGAUGGAUGAUCAGGGCUGGGUGCCUAUUACUUUGAUAGCUGCCUUUCGGAAAGUUACGCUGUUGACAAAUGAUAUCCCACUAAUUUUGGAGUCAAUGAGAAGUUCCGCGAUUGUGGAAGUACAGGGAGACAAAGUGAGGAGGCGUAACGAGUGGAAAAGAUGGUUACCCUUAUAUAGAGGGCCUAAUCCUGAUUCUGAGGCAUACGCCUCAACUUCUACAUCUGAAAGUACAGUGGCAGCCUCCUUAGCUGCGGUUUCACUGAACGACGGUGAAAAUGGCGACGUGAAUGCAAGUGAAGGUCAAGCGGAGAUGGCUGCUACAGGUUCGUUGACUGGUCAUCAGUCUGUGUUGACUAAAAGAGAUGACACUCAAGAAGAAAUUCAUCCCGAUAGUGUAUGACUUUACCAUGUCAAGAAAGUUUUGAACGUUCGAAAAGUUUGAGGAGAGUGAAGCAUAGUUUGAGGAGAGUGAAGAUAAACGAGUUUUGAUUUAUGGAAGUAAAGAGGAGUUGGAGGAGGAACGCGAGGAUAUUCAACCUAGCUGGCGAAUUUUAAUUUAUACUAUGGAUCGACGGUUGUUUUUUUGUACUAAUACUGAUGAUGAUUUCUCGGAAGGGUGUCGUGUCUUAGUAUACUAUUGCGGGGCAUUGUGUAAACGCGACAAUUGAUGAGUUGCCCUAACUUGGGAGUGAGCUGAGCUCCUCAUGUUUUUUUGGUUAAAUACUUUAACUGCCUUUCGAAUAUUUGUCCAUUUUUGAAUAUUUUUACCAUUUUUUUUUUUUUUU